AUGCUGCGCACCGUCAAGCCCAAGAACGCCCGCUCCAAGCGCGCACUCGAGAAGCGCGAGGCCCGCGAGUUCGAGGCCGCAAAGACGGCCGUCUUUGUCAAGGGCUCGCGCACCUCGGCCAAGGUCAACCUCGCCAUGCAGGAGCUCUCGCUGCUCAAAAAGCCCGACGUCAUCCCCUUUAACAAGAAGAACGAGGUCCAGCCCUUCGAAGACACUUCGUCCUUCGACUUCUGGUCGUCCAAGAACGACGCCAGCCUCUUUCUCGUCGGCAACAGCCAGAAAAAGCGCCCCGACAACCUCACCUGGAUCCGCAUGUUUGACGGAAAGGUCCUCGACAUGAUCGAGACCGGCGUCGUGGAAGUCAAGAGCAUGCAGGACUUCAAGGGCCCCAAGCCUGGUCUCGGCAUGCGACCCCUCUUCCACUUCUCUGGCCCGCAGUUCCACACCCCCGACGACGCCAGCGUAUCGACCCUGUGCGGCUCCGAUGGCACCGACGCCGACCCGACCGGCGCCUAUCAGCAGCUCAAGUCGAUGCUCCUCGACUUCUACCGCGGAGAGGAGCUCAAGAACAACCAGAUCGCCCUCUCGGGCCUCCAGCACCUCAUCUCGGUCACCGCAGCUCCCAUCUCGUCGGCGGUCAAGGGCGACGAUGCGGCCAAGGGCGCCAACGGCGACGCGACGCUCGAGGCCCUCUACAAGGCCGCCGGCCUCACCAACCAGGGCACCUCGCUCGCCACCUCGACCCAGACGCUCACCUCGCCCGAGCACAACCUGGUCCACAUCCGCAUCUACACGAUCCAGAUGCUCGCGUCCGGGUCCAAGCUGCCGCGCAUCGAGCUGUCCGAGUGCGGACCCUCGCUCGACCUGACGAUGCGACGACGCCGCCCGGCGCCGCUCGACGUGAUGACGGCCGCGCUGCGCAGGCCCAAGACGGCCGAGGAGCUCAACAAGCAGGGCAAGGGCAAGAAGAAGAACAUCGAGACCGACGACAUGGGCGACAUGGUGGGCAGGAUCCACGUCGGCCGCCAGGACCUGGGCGACUUGCAGACGAGAAAGAUGAAGGGUCUCAAGCGCGGUGGCGACGACGACGACGAGGGCGCGCAGGGGUCAGGAGAUGACGGCGAGUCGGGGCCCGGAGGCGAGAGUGACGACGAUGACGACGAGCAGGUCGGGUACGAGGAUGACGACGAUGAGGAGGUGUAUGGCGAGGAGGACGCGAGCGACGAGGAGCUCGAGAUGGAGGACAUGACGAUGCCUGUCGAUGACGACGAGGGGGACGAGGAGGAGGAUGAUGAGGACGAAAAGGAGGCCGCGCCGGCGCCGCCACCAGCAAGGAAAGCCAAGGCGGCGCCGGCUGCGUCCAACCGCAAGAAGCAACGUCAAUGA